AUGCCUCUAAGCUACGACUAUGAUGAAUCGUCGGAGACGUGGCCAUUCUUUCUUUUAACGCUAUUAUGCGUUGUAUUAAUUCCGCUAACAAUCGCUCAAUUGUACGCGUUGCUCAAGAGCGAAAACUCAGAGAAGGCAACAAGACAGAAGUCUCCACUGGAUGAACUCGAUGAAAGGUACACUUCUGCCAAGAUGAUUGAUUUCCAGAAGAAAUUCAGCAACAAAAGGUCGAAACUUACGAGCAAAAGGACCAUAUUCGUCGUGGUUGGCUGGGCCAUUGUGGCGCUUCUCGUUAACAAGAUCGGUGGUAACGAAGCGAUCAAAGAGGCUGCUUCCUCCCUUUUUGAUCCUUAUGAGCUUCUGGGCAUUGCCACUAGUGCUACAGAGAAAGAAGUCAAAUCGGCUUACCGUAAGCUAUCUGUAAAAUUUCACCCAGAUAAACUAUCAAAAGAUUUGACUGAACAGCAAAGACUCGAUAUGGAAGAACAAUAUGUGCUUAUCACUAAGGCGUACAAAGCGUUGACAGAUGAGCUGACUAGAGAAAACUUUUUGCGAUAUGGCCACCCAGAUGGUCCUCAAGCUACUUCUCACGGCAUUGCGCUUCCUAAAUUUUUGGUUAACAGCAGUGGAUCUCCAUUGGUAAUAAUUAGUUAUAUCGCAAUGUUAGGGUUUAUCCUGCCAUUUUUUGUCAGUAGAUGGUGGUCAAGAACUCAAUCUUUCACCAAAAAAGGUAUUCAUGUUAAGUCUGCUUCUUAUUUUGCUGAUAGACUGUUCAACUUUAAGCCUUCCCAAGUGGUUACUGUCGACAUGAUUAUAAAGUGGCUAUCUCAUGCUGAGGAAUUUAAGAUCUUCUAUCCUAAUUUGACGCCAAGCGUAUUCGAAAGCUUAUUACACGACCACUUGAAUAGAAGUUCGAGCAGUGAUUUGGAAGAUGUCAAACUUAGAAUUGUCGCUAAGACACACUCACUAUUGUUUGGUUUAUUGGAUAUUGCCACUUCUUUCAGGAACCUGGAGAUAACCAAUGUUACUUUGGACACUUUCAAAUCAAUUGUACAAGCCACACCAAGCGGUCCAUACUCUCAAAUCUUACAAUUACCUAACGUCAAUCAGAAAGCUUUUCUGGAAGGUGCCGUGGAUGAUAUUCGCACCUUAGGAAAGCUUUUCACGUUUGAUGAUAAGAAAAUAGGCAAAAUCCUUGGUAUUGAUGAUGAAGGCAAAUUAAAAGAUACCUUAACAGUAGCAUCUCAAAUUCCUCAUUUGAAGAUUGUAAGGGCUGAAUUCAAAGUGCCGGGUGAACCCGUUGUAACACCUUCCUCGACCCCUCACAUUGUACUAAAGGUUAUGGUAAGAUCAGCAAGACACAAGUUUUUCACUCCGAAUAAGAUACCUGAUGAAAUGUGUAGUGAACCUCAGGAUUUUGAUUCUUUGAGAGAUCCUUUUGCAUCGACUUUGGAACAACCCGUGAUUCCUGAAACUUUCGCCCCAUACUUUCCUGUUAAACGCACUGGCUCAUGGUGCUGUAUAGUUGUCUUGCAAAAGGACGGAAAGGUGAUUCAAACACCGAUGAUCACUAACAGAUUGUCUUUUGUUAAUUUAUCGAAGGAUUUUGAUAAGCGAAAAGUCAAAGAUGUCGAUUCAGAAUUUGAUCCUAAAGAGUGGGAAGUUGGCACAAUCAAGAUCCCAUUUAGUCAACCUGCUCCUCCACAAAAAGGUGAUUACUUUUUUAGAGUCAUAGUUAAAAAUACUGACUACUUUGGAGCUGAUCUAGAUAUAACCAUGCCAAUGUCCGUACGUGAUCCUCCUCAUAUAGAAACUCUAGAAAACGAAUAUGGUGAUAUCAAUAGUGAGGAUGAGGAAGACACAGAAUUUGAAGAAGAUAGCAACGAUGAACUUGAUGAUGAUGAUAGCGAUUACACAGAUAUCGAUACUGACACUGAUGUUGACGAGGAAGAUGAGAAACAGUAA